CAUUGAACUAAUAAAACUCAAAACCAAAAAUCAAAAGGGAAAAAAUUGAGGAAAUGUGCGAAACCCUAAAAACGAAGUACCAAGUUUGUGAGGAGAUCGGUCGCGGGCGUUUCGGCACCAUCUUCCGGUGCUUCCACCCUAACGCCUCCGUACCAUACGCCUGCAAAGUCAUCGACAAAUCUCUCCUCUCCGAUUCCACCGACCGUGAGUGUCUCGAAAACGAACCGAAAUUUCUCUCUCUCCUUUCUCCUCACCCUAACAUCCUUCAAAUCUUCGACGUUUUCGAAAACGACGAUUUCUUAUCCAUCGUUUUAGAGCUCUGUCAACCUCUCACUCUUCUCGACCGCAUCGUUUCGAAUCCUUUCUCUGAACAACAAGCCGCUUCUCUCAUUAAAAAGCUUCUUGAAGCCGUCGCUCACUGCCACCGGCUCGGUGUCGCACACCGCGACAUCAAGCCGGACAACAUUCUCUUCGAUUCCGGUGAUAAUCUAAAAUUAGCCGAUUUCGGUUCAGCCGAAUGGUUCGGCGACGGCAGAACUAUGACCGGCGUUGUCGGAACGCCGUAUUACGUGGCCCCGGAGGUUCUUUUAGGAAGAGAUUACACUGAGAAAGUUGAUGUGUGGAGUUGCGGUGUGUUGUUGUACAUAAUGUUGAGUGGAAUUCCCCCUUUUUACGGAGAUUCUGCGGCUGAGAUUUUUGAGGCGGUUAUUAGGGCGAAUCUCAGGUUUCCAUCCAGAAUCUUCCGAUCUGUUUCACCUGCUGCUAAGGAUCUGUUGAGAAAAAUGAUUUGCAGAGAUGAUUCUAGAAGAUUUUCUGCGGAACAAGCCUUGAGACACCCUUGGAUAGUGAGUGGAGGUGAAACAACAAAUCUGAACUGAAAAAUAGUUAUAUAAAAGAUGUAAAAAAGUGUGUGGCUACCGGAGGCAGAGGAAACAGAGCACAUUCAUGUGAAUUCCGAUGAAGCGAUGCGAGUAGUUUUUUUUUUUUUUUUUGUGAAUAGUUCCUCGGUUUUUGGAAUCGAAGACUAUGGAUAUGAGUUUUUACUAGUACUAGUUAUAAAGUUGAGUCGAGAGAAUCUUAUCUUUCAGGUGGUUUUCUAUCUUCUUUUUUUCUCCGUAUCAUGGAGUAAAAUAUGGAGAAAUUGUGAAGUGGAGAAUCUGAGGAAUCAAACUCUUUUUUUUUUUUUUUAAUAAAAUGAGUUUGAGGCUUGUAGAUCUGGUUUUUGUAUAAUACUAUAGUAUCGUAUCAUAAUUUUGAAUGAUAAGUGCUUUUAAUAUUCUGGA